UUGAAGGCCGUUGCUUCUAUAGGUUGGAGGCCAUCGCUUCUAGGUUGAAGGCCGUUGCUUCUGUAGGUUGGAGGCCAUCGCUUCUAGGUUGGAGGCCAUCGCUGCUUGGUUGGGGGCCAGCGCUACUAGGUUGAAGGCCGUUGCUACUACGUUGGGGGGCAGAGCAGCUUUUGAAAGGGGUCUUUUGUGACAUGUGCAUGUGUGGCGGAGAAUGGGCCUGCAGGUUGCGAAGUGUGACUACUGACGUCCGGCAUCAACAAAGGUUGUUUGGCAAAGUAGGACAGAGAUAGAUCAGACAUUUCUACCAAAAUGCAUGAAAGGGCAGAUUUCCACAGAACCGGCUUAGAAGAGUACACAGCAAUAUGACAAAGCGGGGAGGUUCCUAACUACAGAGCGAAGUACGGGAUAGUAAGAUUCUUUAAAGUCAAGCUUAGCCAAGUGGAAACUUCUUGUCGACAGGUAAAAGAUAUAAAGUGACAUUGCCUUCAAAGAAACAUACUGAUAGACAGACAAAUAAAGUUUUUCACAGGAUAGCGCGGUGGCUGCACUUCAUUGAAAGACAGAAAUAUGGACAGUAUGGAGGUUUCCAGGGAUUUCAGUAGAAAGUGUGCUUGAAAGGGGAGAAUUGUCAAGGUGUAGGUAAACGCAGUGGGAGGUUUCCAGAGAAGUAUUAGGAUUAGAGUUGCUAGCAGCACGCUUCAGAAAGAAGAUAUGUCAAGACUAGGUCGGGAUUUCUGAGCAGUAGAGAAAAGUUGAAUGUUGCUUCCAUCAGGCUGUGGCAUUUCGGGAACGGAAAGGGUAAGGACACGAUGCGCAUCACGCGCAUUACAUCAAAACUGCAAGGGUGCCUGUUUGGAAACUCCAAACGUUUGGAAUUUCUCCUUGCAGGAACAACUGGAUCAUGUAGACUUCUGCGUAGUUCCGUGAACGAUUUUUUGGCUGUUUUGUCCGUUUGCGUGUUGCAGUGCUUUUGUUGUGAGGGUGCAGCAAUGGCUGAAGCAGCGGGAAGCACAGAUCUUCAGUUCAAGCUUGCAGCAAAAGAGGGUUUCUGCAAAACAGGGUGACUAGAGGACAAGGUGCUCCCGUAUCAGCUAGAAUCUGCCAAGCAUGGCGCAGCAGUGACGGGUUUGAGAAUAGUGGUUGGUGAUUCUGUCAUCGCCAUGUUGCUUGUCCCGCUAUUUGCCUGCUGAGUUUGUCGAGAUGGAUCAGCUGCUGAAGGAGCCUCAAGGAAUGAAGGAGAUCAGGAGGCUUUCGGCCUUGGCCAAAUCCUCAAGGAGCCGACGCCAAACUGCUGAGGGGAUGGGCACCACUGCAGUUUUGUGUUGCGUGACUCCAUCAACCUUGAUCGUUGGGAACUGUGGCGACUCACGCGCGGUCUUGUGCCGUGGCGGUUCUGCAAUCGAGUUGUCACAGGAUCACAAACCAGACUUGCCGGAUGAACGUGCUCGUAUUGAGCAAGCAGGUGGUUGGGUCCAAAGCGGCUCUGUGCCCAGGGUCAACGGGGACCUGAGCCUCUCAAGGGCUCUUGGGGACCUGGAGUACAAAGACGCGAAGCUUCCCCCAGAAAAUCACAUUGUUAGCGCGGUGCCAGAGAUUCGCUCAAUCACGAGGGGUAACACUGACGAAUUCCUUUUGUUGGCUUGCGAUGGGGUUUGGGACGUGCUCAGCAGCCAGGCAGCGGUGGACUUUGUGCGUCAGCAGCUGGGUGAUCCCAAGAGUUGGGGUUGGCGGAUCGCCACGGGAAAGCUGAAGGGCUCGGAGAUUCUGAGCCAACUUUUGGAUCAUUGUUUAUCACCUGAUUUGGCAUCGACUGCUGGCUUGGGUGGUGACAACAUGACUGCGGUCUUGGUGCUUUUCUUGUCGAAUUCACAUCAAGGCAAAGCCGUGAAGUUCUGGCCGUGUGUGGAGCCUCAUUUGAGGCUACGGCCAAGGCUUCUGGAAGCGAACUGAAGGCGGAGGAAGAAUGAAAAC